AUGAAGUUCUCAGCCUCCUCCCUCCUUGCACUCUUCGCCGCCAGCGCUCUCGCCCUGCCAGAGCCCGUCCAGGAGGCUCAAGAGCACGCCCCGAGAUGCGUUGCCAACCUGCCCAACUGCGCGGGCAGCACGUACGUCGGCGAUGACAACUGCCACUGCUCCGGGCAGAAGAAGCCAUGUGGCAACUGGAAAUGCGGGUGGGAUGGCCCGCACUCCAUCUUGAACUGCGGCUCUCAGGGAAGCGGGUGUGCUUGGAUCAACUGA